AUGGCGGUGCGGAAGAAGGACGGCGGCCCGAACGUCAAAUACUUCGAGGCUUCGGACACCGUCUCCCAGUUCGACAACGUCCGUGUGUGGCUGGGCAAGAACUACAAGAAGUACAUCCAGGCCGAACCUCCCACCAACAAGUCCCUGUCCAGUCUGGUGCUGCAGCUGCUCCAGUUCCAGGAGGAAGUGUUCGGACGCCAUGUGAGCAACCCGCCCCUCACCAAACUCCCGAUGAAAUGUUUCCUGGAUUUCAAAUCUGGAGGAGCUCUGUGCCACAUCCUCGCUGCUGCCUACAAGUUCAAGAGCGACCAAGGAUGGCGCAGGUUUGACUUUCAAAAUCCUUCGAGAAUGGACCGAAAUGUGGAGAUGUUCAUGACCAUCGAGAAGUCCCUGGUGCAGAACAACUGUCUGAUUCGGCCUGUGAUUCACCUGAGCUCCGACAUCGAACCCAAGCUGCUCGGGAAACUCAAAGACAUCAUCAAGAGACACCAGGGUUCAGUGACGGACGAUAAGACGAGCAGCUCUCACAUGGUGGUGCCGAUCCCUAGCAGCCUGGAGGACGAGGAGUGGGUUCGACCGGUGAUGAAGAGGGACAAACAGGUUCUGCUGCACUGGGGCUAUUUUCCCGACAGUUACGACACGUGGAUCGCCGCCAGUGAAGUGGAGGCUGCAGUGGAAGACGCCCCCAGUGCUGAGAAGCCCAGGAAGGUUCACGCCAAGUGGAUCUUAGACCUGGACCAGUACAACGAGUGGAUGAACGAGGAGGACUACGAGGUGGGGGAGGGGAACCCCAAACGCAAGAGGAUUUCAGCCAAAACCCUGACGGACGAGGUGACCACCCCCGACGAGAGGAGGGACAAGAAACCAGCCGGCGCCAAGAAGAGGAAGAGGUCGCCGUCUCCGUCUCCCACGCCCCCCCCAGCGGAGAGCAAGAAGAAGAACGCCAAGAAGGGACCCACAACUCCAUACACAAAGUCCAAACGCGGCCAGAGGGAAGAGGAGCCCGAGGAUCUGUCCAAAGACGCAGACGAAGCUUCUCCUGUCGCUGCUUCAGACGAGGGGAAUCCAGCAAAGACAAACAGCACUAAAAAAGACUCUGAUUCAACUCCAGUGAAAGGAGACAAUGACGAACAAGAGGACGAGUCUAUGGAAACAACAGGAAAGGAGGAGGAGGAAGGGUCUCCCAGUGUGAAGGGGGAGCCGGUGAAAGUGGAUCUGCAUGAGGACAACGUGACGGAACAAACGCAUCACAUCAUCAUCCCCAGUUACGCCGCCUGGUUCGACUACAACAGCGUUCACGCCAUCGAGCGCAGAGCCUUGCCGGAGUUUUUCAACGGGAAGAACAAAUCCAAGACUCCAGAAAUAUAUUUGGCCUACAGAAACUUCAUGAUCGACACGUAUCGGCUGAACCCUCAGGAGUAUCUGACCUCCACGGCCUGUCGCAGGAACCUGGCUGGAGACGUGUGCGCCAUCAUGAGGGUGCACGCGUUCCUGGAGCAGUGGGGCCUCAUCAACUACCAGGUGGAGUCGGAGAGCCGCCCCACGCCCAUGGGUCCUCCCCCCACCUCCCACUUCCAUGUCCUGGCUGACACGCCCUCCAGCCUGGUGCCGCUGCAGCCCAAACCAGCUCAGACUCCGGCUCCGAUCAUGUCCUUCCCCGAUAAAGUGAAAGACAAACCGACAACGGAUCUGCAAAACUUUGGCCUCAGAACCGACAUGUACAGCAAGAAGAGCAACUCCACAAAGAGCAAGAGUGGAGCCAGCACGAUGAGGGACUGGACAGAACAGGAGACACUGCUCUUGUUGGAGGGGCUGGAGAUGUACAAAGACGACUGGAACAAGGUGUCGGAGCACGUGGGCAGCCGGACCCAGGACGAGUGCAUUCUCCACUUCCUGCGUUUGCCGAUCGAGGACCCGUACCUGGAGGAGGGGGCCACCGCUCUGGGGCCUCUCUCCCAUCAGCCCGUGCCCUUCAGCCAGGCAGGGAACCCAGUCAUGAGCACCGUGGCCUUCCUCGCCUCCGUGGUGGACCCGCGAGUCGCCUCCGCCGCCGCCAAGUCUGCCCUGGAGGAGUUUUCCCGGAUGAAGGAGGAGGUCCCGGCCGCUCUGGUGGAGGCUCACGUCCGCAGGGUGGAAGAGGCGGCGCGGGUCAGCGGGCGCCAGGACCCUCUGUACGGGCUGGAGGGCAGCGGCAUCGCGGGGACCGUCCUGGAGGAAGGGGACAAGACAGAGGAGAGCAACGAGGAAAGAAAAACCGAGACUCCGCCCACAGAGGAAAAGAAAGAGGCCAAGACCCCACAGGAGAACAAAGAGGGCGCAAACGAAGAAGAAGAAAAACAGACGGAAAACGGAAAGAAGGAAGAAGAGCGGCGAGAAUCUGAGGGAGAGACGGAGAAAACUGAGGCCGAAGGUGACGGGGAGAAGGAGAAAGAGGGGAAGGAGGUGACGGAGGAGGCGCAGAGAGAAGCGGACGCAGACGCAGACAGAAAGACCAAAGUGGAGCGAGAGGCCGGAGAGGGGAACCUGGCCACGGCUGCAGCCUCUGCUCUGGCUGCUGCUGCUGUGAAAGCCAAGCACCUGGCGGCGGUGGAGGAGAGGAAGAUCAAGUCUCUGGUGGCUCUGCUGGUGGAGACACAGAUGAAGAAACUGGAGAUUAAACUACGGCACUUUGAAGAACUGGAAACCAUCAUGGACCGAGAGCGAGAAGCGUUGGAGUACCAGCGUCAGCAGCUGUUGUCCGACCGCCAGUCCUUCCACAUGGAGCAGCUAAAGUACGCAGAGAUGAGGGCGCGUCAGCAGCACUUCCAGCAGAUCCAGCACCAGCAGCACAGCAGCCAGACCCCGCACGGCCCGCCACCCCCUGCAGGAGCCACCGCGCACGGGCAGACCAGCUCCACGCCCGCGCCUGCCCCCAGCCCCGCGCCCCCCUCCGGGAGCACGCACGACAGCAACCCGCCCGCGCCCCCCGGAGCUCACAGUUACUCGCCCUGCCCGCCUACACAGCCCGCGCCCGCUCACCCUGCGCUCCACGAGCACCAUGGCCCUCAUCCCGGGGACACGCAGCACCCCUCCACUCCGGUUCCGCCCCCACAGUGA